CAUGGGAAAAUAUCCCUGACGUCUGGAAAGGCAGACUGCCCUUGUUCCAUUCCGGCACUUUGCAAACCAAUAGUGGAUACGAAAAGAAAAGAGGUCUUCGUAUUUUCAUUAAGUAAAGAUAUCCAAACAUGGCAGAAGUACAAUUGGACAAAGAUAAGCACUGUCGUCAUGGUCGGUUACUAUAGUGACGAAAUGAUGUGUCUUGCGCAUAGUAACGGGGCCCGGGUUGUCACAAUAGCGGGUGUUCCCACAGAAUACCUGACAAACGCUACCCUCCAGGAGGAGUGGGUGACAAAGUAUCUGGCCGUCGUCACCCAGAACCACCUAGACGGGAUCAACUUUGAUUACGAAAACCCUAUUCCAGCUGAGAGGACAGACUUGAGGGACGGAUACACAGCAUUGGUCAGACGGACCUAUAAGACGUUCAAACAAUACAAUCCAUCAUAUCAGAUAACGGUGGACGUGGCGUGGUCCCCAGCCUGUAUUGACCAGCGUUGCUAUGACUACAAGACUCUAGCUACAGUCACCGACUUCCUGUUUGUCAUGUCCUACGAUGAACAGAGUCAGAUCCGUGGCCCGUGUGUGGCGUUGGCUAACUCCGGAUUCUACAAAACACAAUCAGGCAUACAGAAGUACUUUCACCUGGGCAUACAAUCAGAAAAGUUGGUACUAGGUGUCCCCUGGUAUGGCUACUACUACCCCUGUGUGGCCGUAACAAAGGACAAUACAUGUAGUAUCAAACAUGUGCCGUUCCGAGGUGUAAACUGUAGUGACGCCGCCGGAAGAGAGAUGGACUACAGCUUCUUCAUGCGCAUCAUCCAAAACUCAACGACUGGACGACUGUGGGAGACUUCUACUCUCACUCCGUAUUUCAACUACAAAGAUAACGGAACAACCUACCAGAUCAGGUACGAGGACCCUGUGAGUUUGAAAUUCAAGUUUGAUAUGGCGCUCCAGUAUGACCUGCGUGGAGUAGGAAUAUGGAAUGCGGAUGCAUUGGAUUAUGCUCACGACACACCGGACGUACUUCAUCAACGUGCUCAGAUGUGGCAAGCAUUUCCGGAUUACAAGAAAAAGUGACAACUCUAUACACAGUGAUCUUCAUUAUACAUACAAAUAAUUUAAGAUUAUUUUCUCUCAAAAUGUAUUUGAUACUUAUUUACCACUUACUUUAUAAGUUGGUUCUUCAACUAGACAAUAUAUGUUUGUCAAAGUGAUGGGGAUGGUUACACUGCUGAUCAUGCUACAGCAUAGCUAAUAUUUUCAGCAAAAAAUGUGAUUGUUACUUUACUUUAUUAAAAGUUGAAUACAAUGAUAAAAUAGUUAACUGUUAUUAAAUUUCAUUAAAAACAGAUGUUUUUGUUAAUAUUUUCAUAGAAGAGGUGUCCUUUUGGGCUUUGCAAUAUAUUUGCUAUGCAUGAUUUAUACAAAGAUACAAUCUACAUUCCUUAUCAUUGAUGAUUGUACUGGAUGUAUACUUUUUUUUUAGAAAUAAACAAAUAUUUAUAU